AUGGGGACGCCAGCAGUACCGCCCAAUCUGGUCCCUCACUCUCCCCUCAACUCGAACUGGCUACCCGCUUACCCACCAUCAGGUUGGCCCCCUCGUUUGUGCUCCGGACCACCGGGUCCACCCACAAAACCUGCCGCAGCCGUAACCAUGACUACUACCACCGCCUCAGUUACUGCCAACGCCUCGGCUCAGGCUCCGCUUUCACGCUCUGGCCCCCUCACGACUGGACAAAUCGGCCACGAAACCACUCUAUACUAUCCAGCCUCUAUAGAUAAACAGUGUGUCGGGAUGUCGUCAAAUAAACCAAGCAACACGGUCGCCAAGGUAUUCCAUCGUCUCAUCACACAAACCACCACCGCAAGCCCCAACACAGUCCUACCAGCGAGCCUGCACACGAGUCCCCACAGUGGAUUUGGGCCGCCUCCCCUAUCAGCCUUGGCCUCUGGCCACAUGAGGCUUCCUUCAAUGCUUUCAGAGAGUCCGUCUACAGGCGGACAACAACUACAGGCCAGUCAUCCGUUGCACCACAACCAACCUCAGUACCUUCACCAACCCACCUAUCCCCAUUAUCAGCUCUAUCUGGACUGCCAACAGCAGUACCGACAACCAUAUCCCUCGAGUAUGCCAUAUUCUGCUCAACAGACUGGCCAGGUCUAUUUCACUCCUCUUCAACAGCACCACAAAUACCUUCAACCACAACCACUAGCCCCAGCACCACCUUCACCUCCACCUUCUUCACAGUUGGCCUCGGGACAAUCGUUCCACAACCAGGCCCAUGUUUAUCCCACCCAUCAGCAGCAAAACCAACUCGCAAAGUCGAUGCCGCCUCAGACGAGUGAACCAACAGAGUCUGGAGGCCCUUUAACCCUGCGAGAAUCUGUGGCAUCGACGGCGGUAGAUGCGAGGACGGCCCAGCGCUACCACCUCGCCUAUCGACAGUCAAUGGCGCCUGAAGCGGGGGCAGAUGCACCGGAAGGACGGAGCUGGAAGGGCUUUUAUGAGACGUCAGAAGGCAGGCCAGAAUUAGAAUCGACAAAAAGAUGGGCAAUGAGCCCGAGGGAAAAUCAG